CAGAGAUUUAAAAACACAAUGAAUUGAAUGACAAUCGAGUCGUCGAUUGGUUUCAAUAGUUUUGUUAUAUAUUUGUUGUUAUCAUUGAAUCCAUAGUUUAAUUGGAGUCUAAUUGCAGUCAUUGUAAUCGCAUAGAAAUGGCACUAAACGGUCGGAUCACUGAAAACAGUGUUUUGUAUCGUUUGUAUCCAUUGAGUGAAUGCAAGGAAUCGCUGAACUCAUACAUCCGCAAGAGUUACACCUAUUUAGCCAAAUAUAUAUCUCUUCACAUUUGGCACAACCAGUCCUUCCAGUUAUCCGUCGCCACCGACUCUUAUGAAUUUGAGACAAGACUUCCGACCAUUCGUGAGGCCAUCGCUUAUAUCCGCCAAAACCCAGACACCACGAGAUCUCACGACUUGAUCCAGAAGUCGAUUCUCAAGCGAAUCGAUUGCUUCCCCAAACGUAUCCGCGAACACCAGCACAGAGUCCACUGUUAUGUUCCCAUCGGAGUGGCGGCGCUUCUCAAGCAGAGGCCGUCACUGAUCUCGUGGGCCGUCAACGCCUUCUACAGCCGAACGCCGGACGAUCUGAAGGCCUGUCAGGCGAUGAAGUAUUUUCCACCCGAAUGUCGAGUCAUGCGGUGCCUAACCAUCACUCGAUGUCUUUACGCUCAGCUGAUGUCACAACAGUAUUCUCCGGACGCGAGAGUGGGCUGGGAUUUGCCGCCAAACAACUCCCGGGACUAUAAGUCACACGACUUGGGAGUGAAGAUCGCGUCGGGCUUUGAAAUAUUGAUCUCCAACUGCAAGACUGCUCUCAAUGGAAACUCCAAUCAAAUAGACUUCCCCUCAGACCGACGAUGGCUUGCAUUCCACAAGAGUUUGACUAAAAACGGAUACUUUGGUAAAGAGUUAAACGGUUCCCAAAAGUACGCGGAACUCAUGAAAAGCGCUGAAAACUAUUUCUCGGAUCUGAUUAUCAAUAACGACGAGAAUUGCGACGAUUUCUCGGAUGGCUUUGUGUCGAAAGGGGAGACAAUUCUGCAAAUCCUAAGAUCACUGGAAAUCGACGACAAAGAGUUCGAAAGCGAGGCUAAAAACUUGCCGAAAGAAGACUCGGAUGACUGGCUUCACAUUAAUGGCGAUGAAUUGGACGCAAUGUUAUCGGAAAAGUUUUGCUCAAAACCUAAUCAACAGUCAAACGAUUGCUCAGACCUGUCAGACCUGUCCACACAAAUCCCGGCUACUCUUAAGGCGUUUGUGUCGAACCACAAGUCGGGUCUCAAAGGGGCGGAAGCGCCCAAACAUUCCUCGAGAACGUCGACCGCGAAGAUUCAGUUCAAUGAAGACUCGUUUACAGACGCGUUGAGUACAGUGUUGUCGCUGAAGAUCCCACACUCGGACACGGAUUCCUCGGAGUCUGGUAUGAGUGACUACAGCGAUGGCGACGACUCCAUCGACAGCGAUGACGACUGCUAUCAAAACGAAUUGUUAAAGUCGGAGACCACUAACGGAUCCACUAAUGGAUCCACUAAUGGAUUGAUGAAUGAGAUGAAUGAUUAUAUGAAAGCAAUGGAUCAACAGUUGGCCGAAACAUCUGUCGGUCAGAGCUUUGAGCGCAGAACUGAUGGACACGAGGCCAACGAUGGAUACAAAGCGGUUGACAUUGAUUUGAAUGCAUUGACUAAUAUCCUGGAGUCGUAUAGCGCUGAGUGUGGAGUUCCCGGACCGGCCACUGCUCUGUUCAGUACAAUGGGAGUGAAAUUACCCGACGAUACCGACUCUGAUGAUGACUAA